CAUUGACUUGACCAUUCAUCAUCAUCUUCAUUUGACGUUUGUGAUCAUCAUCAUCAUCAUAAUAAUAAAUUAAUAACAACUUCAAUUAAAAUUUAAAAUCAAAUACAACUUUGAUAAUAAAUUACUCAGUGUAAAAUGAAUUCACUACAACAUUUGCGUAAAUUCACAAAAUUUCCACCAAGAAGAAGAGUUGUAGUUACAGGCCUGGGUGUAGUCUCACCACUAGGAACAGGAACAGAAUUAGCAUGGCAGAAUCUUCUAAAGGGGCAUUGUGGUAUAAUCACACUUAAAGACGAGGAAUAUUCCAAACUUCCCAGUAGAGUAGCAGGAGUUAUUCCUAUUGAGGCAGACACUGAAAUAGCGAAGGCAUUAUCAAAGUCAAAUUUAAAGUUGAUGGCACCAGCUACUUGUAUAGCUUUAAUUGCUACAUCUGAAGCAUUGAAGGAUGCUAACUGGUUACCUAAGGCUGAUGUUGACAGAGAGGCCACUGGAGUGACCCUUGGCAUGGGAAUGAUAGAUCUGAAGGAUGUAUGUGACACAAAUAGUGCUUUAAAAAUAGGUUAUAACAAAGUAAGUCCGUUUUUCGUACCAAGAAUAUUACCAAAUAUGGCUGCAGGUCAUAUAAGUAUAAAGUAUGGUUUCCGUGGACCCAACCACGCUGUAUCAACAGCAUGUGCAACUGGAGCUCACUCAAUUGGCGAUGCUUUCAGAUUUAUAAGAAAUGGAGAUGCCAAUGUCAUGGUCAGUGGUGGUGCAGAGGCUUGUAUCAGUCCAUUAGCUAUAGCUGGAUUUUGUCGCCUCCGUGCAUUAAGCACUUCAUUCAAUGAUGAACCUACAAAAGCAUCUAGGCCUUUCGAUAAACAUAGAGAUGGGUUUGUAAUGGGCGAAGGAGCUGCUGUUCUAGUUUUAGAGGAAUAUGAGCAUGCUUUAAGAAGAGAUGCAAGAAUUUAUGCUGAAAUAUUAGGAUAUGGUCUAUCUGGGGAUGCUUCUCAUAUAACUACUCCAAGAGAAGAUGGCACUGGAGCUAUUUUAUCAAUGAAUCGAGCAUUGCAAGACGGGGCUGUAGAUCACAAUGAAAUCACAUACAUAAAUGCCCAUGCUACUUCUACACCAGUUGGUGAUGGUAUUGAAUCUACAGCUAUUACUAAACUUUUUAAAGAUAAUGUUAGAGACAUGAUGAUAUCUUCCACAAAAGGGGCUCACGGACACUUGUUAGGUGCAGCUGGUAAUUUAGAAGCAGUUUUCACUGUAUUAGCAUGCCAUCAUGGUGUUGUACCACCUACGUUGAAUUUAGAUGAACCUAUUGACAAUUUGAAUUAUGUUGCUAAAAUCCCCCAGGAUUGGCAUAGAGAAAGAAGAAUAGCAUUAAAGAAUUCUUUUGGAUUCGGUGGGACAAAUGCAACACUUUGUAUAUCUAGUAUUUGAUUUAAAGAUUUUUAUUAGGAAUAAUUUUUAUCAAAGAGUAAAAGUUGUAAGCGAAAUGUGAAUAAUAUAAAUGUUAUGAAAUAAAAGCAUAAUUUAGA